AUGUUUCCUGUUCCUUUUCGUCGUAAGGCAUCGCCACCAUCAUCAUCGUCAACAACAUCGACGACUACAACAACAACAACAACAACCUAUUGUUAUCCACCACCACAUCAUCAUUAUCGUUGUCCUUCACAAUUCGUAAUACGUAAUCAAAUUCGUAAUCGUCGUCGCCGUCAACGACAACAACUACAACAACAACUACAACAACAAUAUCGUUUCUUCUUUGCGGCUGGCUCGUUACAAGGUGGUGUUAGUGGUGUGGUCGUUGUAACGAGUGCCAGCCGCAUUACGGUCAACACCUACCCGUUUUCUUUGGCUGCUGCUGUUGCUGCUGCUCCACCUGCUCCAGCUCCUCCAGCGCCAACAACAGUUCAACAACAACCAGCUGAUCAUCCUGAUUAUAAUCAGUUUGAUAUUAAUAACAUUUAA